AUGGCGAGCCAGCUCGCCGGCCCGCUGUUUGUAGCCGAAGUGACCGAGGCGUUCCGGGCCAAGGUGGCACGGCUGAAGGCGAAGCAGGCGAAGCAGGUGGCAGCGAUGCGUGAGGUCUCGCUCGCAGCGUACCAGCGACUGCACGCGCGGUACAAGGCGAAGCAGGAGAAGAUCCGCGCCGAUGCCGAGCGCAACGGUGCAGUCUCACAAGCAUCCAAGGCCAAGAUGGCCAAGAUGCGGGCGCAGCGCGAUGAGGCGCGGGAGGCAGGUGCGGCGCGAAAGAAGGCGCUGGCCAAGGCCGAGCGCGAGACCAAGCGCGAGCGGAUGGCGCGAAAAGAGGCCGAGGGCAGGCUGGAGUCGGCGCUGGCGGCCCGCGACGCCUACCGCCACGAGGUCGCGGCUGUCUCGGAGCAGCUGGAGAGUGCCAAGGCUGAGUUUGACGCUCAGCUUCGACACCUGGCGUCGGGAGCGUCGUCCGAUGCCACCCUGGCCGCUCGCGAGAUGCAGCGGAUGCGCGAGGCGCACGAAAGGCAGAUCGCGCAAUGGCGCGAGCGGCUGCGGCUCAAGGACGCUGAGAAUGAGUCGGACAAGCUCGUAGCAGGUAUGGCUGAGAUGCGGAGCUCGUACGAGGCUGAGCUAGCGGCCGUCACCGCCCAGCUGGAGGCCGCCAACGAGAGCGUGGCGCGGCUCGAGCUUGACGUCGCCCGCGCCCACGAGGCGCUCGCCGAAGCGCGUGCCGCCAGCGACGCCCAUCUGCGGCAGGCCGCACAGAUUGCCGGCGCCGAGUCGAAGCUCGCGCGAUACCGCGAGGUUGUGGUGCGGCUCCUCGCUGAGCCCGGGAUGAGCGUGAGCGAGGCCGAGGUCGGCGAGUGGAUGGCCGGCGCCGAGAUCCCGCCGCCACCGCCGCCACCGCCUGUAGGGCAGGUUGUGGUGAGGGUGGAGGAGAGGGCUGUGGUGGAGAAUGCCAAGAUGGAGGCUAAGGUGGAGGUGGAUGCUGAGGCCGAGGCGAAGGCUGAGGCUGAGGCUGAAGCGAAGGCGAGAGUCGAGGCUGAAGCAAAGUCUGAGGCUGAAGCAAAGGCAAAGGCAGAUGCUAAGGCAAAGGUCGAGGCUGAAGCGAAGGCUGAGGCUGAAGCGAAGGCGAAGGCGAAGGCUGAGGCUGAAGCAAAGGCGAAGGCUGAAGCGAAGGCGAUGGCCGAGGCUGAAGCAAAGGCUGAGGCUGAAGCAAAGGCGAAGGCUGAGGCUGAGGCUGAAGCAAAGGCUGAGGCUGAAGCAAAGGCGAAGGCCGAGGCUGAGGCUGAAGCAAAGGCGAAGGCUGAAGCAAAGUCUGAGGCUGAAGCAAAGGCAAAGGCAGAUGCUAAGGCAAAGGUCGAGGCUGAAGCGAAGGCGAAGGCUGAGGCUGAAGCGAAGGCGAAGGCGGAGGCUGAGGCUGAAGCGAAGGCGAGGGUCGAGGCUGAAGCAAAGUCUGAGGCUGAAGCAAAGGCAAAGGCAGAUGCAAAGGCGAUGGCCGAGGCUGAAGCGAAGGCGAAGGCUGAAGCGAAGGCCGAGGCUGAAGCAAAGGCGAUGGCCGAGGCGAAGGCGAAGGCUGAAGCGAAGGCGAAGGCUGAAGCGAAGGCGAAGGCUGAAGCGAAGGCGAUGGCCGAGGCUGAAGCAAAGGCGAAGGCUGAGGCUGAAGCAAAGGCGAAGGCUGAGGCUGAGGCUGAAGCAAAGGCGAAGGCCGAGGCUGAGGCUGAAGCAAAGGCGAAGGCCGAGGCAAAGGCAAAGGCUGAAGCAAAGGCGGAGGCCGAAACUGAGACAGAGGCCGAGGCUGAAGCAAAGGCUGAAGCAAAGGCGGAGGCCGAAGCUGAGACAGAGGCCGAGUCCGAUGCACCACAAUCGCUGUUUGGUGCAAGUGUGGCCCGCAAGCGCCCACAAGCGCCGCCGCCUUCUUCUGAUCCGGGCCGCUGCUCGGCGGACGGAUGUGACUGCAGCGAGUUCACGUCCUCACCGUUUGGCUUCAAGAAAUCGCAGUGCGUCACAUGUUUCCACACCAAGGACGACCACUGCGGGUCAUCGCCUGCAACUGACGCUGCUCCAGCACCCGCAACUGCGGCUGCAAAGGCAGAUCCCGAGCCCGCAUCCGAGCCUGGGCCCGAGCCUGAACCCAAGUCUGCUUCUCCCACAGAGACAUCCGCAGACGCCGACGUGGCCGCGCUACUGGCCGGUCUCGAGGACGACGACGAUGACGACGAUGAUGGCGGUGACGACGGCGGCGCCGAUCUCGCGGCUCUGCUGGCUGCUUCCGCUGGUGAUGACGAGCCUGAAGCGAAACCCGCCCCCGCACCGAAGACCAAGCCUCCGCCACCACCAGGCCCGCCGCCGCCUGAGCCUGCUUCUCCCGCAGAAGCAUCCGCAGACGCCGACGUGGCCGCGCUACUGGCCGGUCUCGAGGACGACGACGAUGACGACGAUGAUGGCGGUGACGACGGCGGCGCCGAUCUCGCGGCUCUGCUGGCUGCUUCCGCUGCCGCCACCGCCGCCUGGCCCUCCACCGCCGGUGCGGGCCCCGGCGCGGGUGAUGAUGGCAGUGACAAUGACGGCGGCGACGACCUUGCUGCUCUGCUGGCUGCCGCUGGUGAUGAUAAGCGCGAGGCGAAACCCAAGCCGCCGCCGCCGCCCGGCCCUCCGCCGCCAGAGCUGAAAGCCGCGGAAACGACUGGGGACGACAAUAUUGCGGCGCUCCUCGACGGUCUGGAGAACGACGAUGACGAUGAUGACGAUGGUGGUGACGAUCUUGCAGCUCUCCUCGCUGCCGCUGGUGGCGACGACAAUGAUGACGAUGACGAUGGUGGUGACGAUCUUGCUGCUCUCCUCGCUGCCGCUGGUAGCGACAACGACGACGACGGUGACGAUGACGACAUGGCUGCCCUCCUUGCCGGCCUCGAAGACGACGCCGACGACAACGACGACGCCCAUGAUCUCGCCGCUCUCCUCACUGCCGCAGAGGGCAGCACGUCUGCCAUCGAUCCCAUCGCUGCUGGCGAUUCCCUUCUCGCCGAGCUUGACGACUGGUAG